UUAUGGUAAAUGAUACCUUUUUAUCUAAAUGUCGGUAAUCCAUAAUAGGUGUCGACAUCUAGGGACAACAAUAGAAACUAUUUCAUGACAAACUUGGGCGUUUUCCCACCGAUGGCGCUGCUAAUUGUUAAAAAAUUAUAUAUUUGAAUUUGUUAAUAUAGAAUUAUAAAAUGAUUCAUUAUUAUGUAGAUAGUAACUUGUACAUAUAAAUUAUAUUAAAGGUUCCGCCCAUGUUGUAUUUUCCCGAAGCUGUCCGAUUCACGUACACGUCGUUGUAGAUUUGUUUACGUAAGUGAUGGGGAUAAAAACAUGGACGGCGCCAUCGCCAUCGGCCGUUGUAUAUAGAAUUCACAUCAGUGAUAUAAUUCUAUCUCAAUUUGUAUAACCGAUGGUUGCUGGAGUCUGUCAGUUACGUUCAGUUACGUCGUUUACUUCGAAUCUGUUCGUGUGUAACCUGAGCAGUGUCCGGCAAAUUUAUAUUUUAACGAAACUAUUUAUUUAUAUGAAAGUUGUCGUAAAAUAAUUAAACAUGAAAACUGCGCCCGAUCCGAAAGACGUUCAGGAAUUUCAGUUUAAACAGUCUCACAUUUCCCAAAUUUUAAACGCAUAUGAAUCCAUACCAACUGCGUGUAAUCUAUUAGCUGCAGACAAGAAGAGAGCCUUAUUGUACAUAGGGCAAAACAAUAAAAUAAACAUUUUAAAGCCAGGAGAGGAUAGCGAUCCGGAAUGGAAAGUGGAAGUUAAUAUACCCGUAUUCGUGUCUAAAUUAGCACUUAGUUGCGACUGUUCUUAUUUAGCAGUGGUACCUCAUGGUCCAUCAAUUUUAAUCUACAAUGCACAGAUGCUCGCAAGAGGAAAUUUACAAUUAUUGCACGAGAUUAGGAUUUCCUCAUCCAGUACAGAGGUCUUUGCAAAUGAUCUACAAUGGAAUCCUACCGUCCCAGGAAUGUUCUGUACAGUAGCCAGCGAUUACACGGUUGGUUGUUUUCAGAUAAAAGAAGAAAAAGAGAAAACGAUAGAGUUGAAAGCUUUAGAAAAAUUAAACGGUCUGGAUGUUUUGUGCGCUGCUUGGAGCCCUAAAGGGAAACAAGUGGCUGUAGGUUGUAAGAAUGGGAAUAUCGUACAAUUGAAACCUGACUUGAAAGUAGCGAGGACGAUUCCAGGUCCGACUCCGUACAUCGGAGAAGUUAUAUCGAUGUUAUGGAUCAGAAAUUAUCAAUUUUGUGCUGCCUAUUUAUGUAGCGAACAGAGAAUAAAUGUUCUUAUAAUCGAUGCACCUAAAGGUGAAACGAAUGCUAAUUUUACAAGCUAUGAAGAUAUUACUUAUGGAAUGUCAGACACGGAAAGCGAAGCAAUGAUUCGACGUUACUACUUCGAUCAUGUGCCAGAAUGGGGUUUAAUUAUUGCUGCCAGCAGUAACAGUAGCGAGAUAGCUGUAUUGGGAUCUACGGAUGCGGGUGUUACUUGGAAUCAGUGGCAAUUAGUCGAUAGCGGCAGGGCUGAAUUGCCAUUGAUCCAUACCAAGGAAAGUUAUCCAGUAGGAUUAGCUAUAGACAAGACUCCCGUUCGAAAAUUACCAUGGGGAGCAGAUUCUAUUUUACCUCAUCCAGUUCCUAUACUUCAUAUUCUCGCAACAUCUGGACAAUUAUGCAGUUUUCAUAUGGUGAAUUUGACACCUACGUGUCCUGCUAUUAACUCGCCACCUACAGAAAUGAUUACACCUCCGCCACAGCCGCAAUUAAAUGUUUCCUCGGAAGCUUCUCUUAUUAUGAACGGUGUAAUAACUAGUACUCCGCGUCCUAAGCAACCAGAAAAUGUUCCUGAUCGUCCAAAACCACCUCCCGUGGCAAAUAUUUUCGGUAAACUCAACACAGGAAGCGGUUUCUUCCCGCAGUCUCCAACCGAGAAACCAAAGCAGCAGGAACAGAAAUUUGAGCCGAUUAAGGAGACCCAUUUACAACAACCUGUAAAUCAAGAUAUUAAAUUGACAGCAGUUAAAGAGACAAGUUUACAAGAACCUGAGGAACAAAAAACAUCCGUAGAAGAUGAUAGCAGAGAUAUUCGUGCUCAGAUAGAAGAAUAUAAUUUGUUCGAGAAGGAAUUACGCAGUAGAUUGGAACCGCAAACUUGGGAAUGCGGUACGGAGGAAGAACGUCUAAAGCUUGUAGACACAUCUGCCAAAAUAGAUGAGUUUCUUCGAGAAUUAAGGGAAACAACGAAUAGUUUAUCCAGCGAUAUCGCAUAUUUGAAAGCACUAUUAUUGCAAUCGUUUGCUUGGGUCGAAGAAACCAAGUCGAAAAAUGCAGCUACCAUCGAUAUCGUUACUAGAAACUGUGGAGAUAAUAAGAUAUCCGAUCUACACAAGCUUUAUUAUUACACUCAAACACAACUUACCCGAGCUAGUCAAAUUUUGGAUUUGGAAUGGUCGGAUCGUAAAACUCAAGAACUGUCGCGAAUGAAAAUCCCCCAUUUGGAAUUUGUGUACCAGAAUCUUAUAUUGCACAAUAAAAUCAUUCAAGAAGAGAAAGGCAAUAUAGAGCAUCUUAAAAAACGAUGGAAAUUAAUGACUCGUAAUAAUAAUAUUUUCGGAUUGAAUCGGUCGCUGUCUAAUUUAAGUAUAACAUCGUCAAAAUCUUCCAUGUCUCUUCCAAGGAACGCAGGAAUUAUAGAAGCACGCUGCAAGGCUAUCGCUACUAAAACGUUAAGCUUUACUCAAGGAAAGCAAAUUAAAUUAAGAGAACACUUAUCCGCAUCUACACCAAGAAUCAUAAAACCUGAUGAGCCAACACCUAUUCAGCAUCGUUUGGAAGAAACUUUGUCCUCUUUAGCUGCUCUCGAUACUACGUCGAUAGAUCCUAAAAAUGACGUAGAACAACUUGUUUCAAAGCAAACUGUGGUUAUCGCUCAAGCUACUGAAAAACCAAAACAACAAAGUUAUUUAGCUUCCUUGAACAGCAUCGUAGCGAGAAUUGGUACGAGCGAAACGAAUAACGUAUCAACGCAGAGCAAAGCGCAAACUAAACAACCUGCCUUUAGUAUCGCUUUUCCAGCUGUCGCCGGAAGCAAGCCCUUGCCAGUAGACAAAAAGCUAAGUUCACCGGUGACCAAUGCGGUACCUCAAACUACUAAAUCGAAACCAGAUACGAUUACAUUUAAUCAAGUCAAUACUUCGACUCAUGCUAUGCCAAAUAUACUGAAAUCUUUUCCUAAAGUUGAUUCUAUCACAUUUGGCACACCGAUACAAAAACCUGAAGAGACUCUUACUCAGAAAUCGGUAGCCAAAGAAUUCGGUAUUAAAUUAGGCAAAGAUGUUGUACCAGGGAGUGAUUCUUUCAAAGUAGAUACGAAUUUAUUCUCUACCAAUACAUUGAAAGAUGCAUUAUCGCCGGAAAUAUCGUUAGGAAAUGUACAAGGAAUUGCUUCGAAUACUUCGCUGAAGUUUGGAGCGACGACAACAACACCAGCAAAAACUGACUCAACGGCUACGUUUAGUUUCGCUACUCCACUUCCUUCGAAUAUCUACAGUACUUCGCAAAAUAUCACGCCGCAAACAAGCGCACAAACAUUUUCUUUUGCCUCAAAGCCAUCGAGCACUGCUACUCCAUUCAAUGUGAAACUAACGCCAUCGGCGACAGUAGCUCAAACGCAAGAAGCGUUACAAUUAACCCCGUCGUUUGCGGGACAACAAGCAGCCGAUCAAAUUUCUAACGUGUCUAGCAGCACUCCAAGUGACGAAGAAAAAUACGCCUACAAAUCUUCGUUUAGAAUGCUCAGUUUCCAGACGUCGUUAGGACAAAUUUCCAUGAAUCUUGCAAGUGGAGUUCCCUCGAAAGAAACGGCCGCAACUACAUCAUUGCCGGCUAUCGAAAAAACAUCUUCUACAGAGUCAAAAGUUCCUGUCUUUUCAACAAGUCCCGUACAAACUCUGCUACCGACUUCUGCUACUUCUUUAUUCGGUAAUCAAACGAAUGCUUCGAGUAUAUCUAUAUUUGGAGGAAUGUCGAGUUCUACGCCAACUACGUCUACCUUUACGGUCACCACCAGUAGUACCGCAUUUGGUAUUCAAUCUACAACUUCCGCGCCAAUGUCGAUAUUUGGUGGCUUCAAAACUACCCCCGCAACAAGCGUAACGACGAGCACAGUCGCGGCAACUUCCACCGCGAUAUCUCCAUUUCAAACUUCCUUAUCGAAAUCUACUUUUGGCGAACCUGUGGCAAGUUUGUCCCCGGCAAGUUCUACUAGCCCUAACAACGGCACUCCACCUACUUUUGGCAAUGCGACAACUACUUCGGAUACUUCAGUUUUUGGUAAACCUACACUCGCGAUGAACGCUCAAUUUCCCAACACACCAGCGGUGUCCUCAGCAGCUAAUACUUUUGGAAAGCCAGUUAUCAAUGCCCCUUCUAUGCCUUUUGGAAGUUCACCGAACACGUCUAUAUUCGCCAGCAUGCCGACGACUUCGGCAAACACUUCUAUCUUUAGUGGAAGCAGUACUAGUUCAAUUUUCGGUACAAAUACUCCGGCAACCUCGGCUGGUUCCAUCUUCGAAGGGAAUCCAUCUCAGAUGAACGCGUUUGGAACUCCUCAGAAAUCCAUUUUCGAUAAUAAUCCUCAGAAAUCUACUUCGAUAUUCGGCGGAACACCGAACACAGGGUCUACUACGUCCUUCUUUGGCGGCGCAGCCAGUAACGCUACACCGGGAACAUCUUCUGGUUCGCCAUCGGUAUUCGGUGGAAUUGGAGCUAGUACAUCGCCGAUAGGUUUAGAGCAGCCCGUGAUAGGUGCGCAACCUGCAUUUGGACAGCCACCUGCGUUUGAUUCUAAACCAGUAUUUGGAUCGGCAUCUUCGUUCGGAACUACCAAAUCAAUUUUUGGUGGUGGAUUCGGAGCAACAGCAUUUGGAGCUUCCGCAUCUCCUCCGGCGUUUGGAAGCCCAGCAGCAAUGGGAGGAAGUCCUGCUCCGAUGGACAAUAUGUCGAAAGUUUUUGGUAAUGUAGAGGCUGGUAAUACGUUUGAAUCAUUGGCCAGCCAACCGGGUGGACUUAGUUUUAGUAGUCUGGCCCAAAAGAGUCCAGAAGCAGAGAAGCUUCAGUCGUUCAGUGGUGGAAGCUCCUUUUCUAGCUGGCGGUAGUCCAUAACUGUCCGAGUUAAAUAGAAUUAGCUCAUCUUCGAUAUGAAUUAUUUUUAUAAAAAAAGAAAGAAAGAAAGAAAGAAAAAAGUAAGUAUCGCAAUUUCUCAGACACCCUUCUAAAGCAGGUCCGAUCGGGUCAUACGUUUAUAAUUACUUUUUAUCAGAGAGCAAACAUCAUUAUUUAAUUUUAAGACCUGGUUGGGAUUUGUAUUAUACAAAACUUGAUGUGAUUUAGUAUAUUUCGAAUUUAUUUACACGAGAAACAUUUUAUAAUACAUAUCAUUGUAUAAAAAUAUAUUCAGAUACCUCUCUUUA